UUCUGUUUUUUAAGAGAUGAAAUUGGAUUAAUACCCUGCCCUGAAGCCAGGUAUAACCGGAGCCCUAUUGUCCUGAUAGAAAACAAGCUUGGUGUGGAGAGCUGGUGUGUCAAGUUUCUUUUGCCAUAUGUCCACAAUAAACUUCUCCUCUACAGACAAAGAAAACAGUGGCUGAACAAAGAUGAACUAAUAGAUAUCACAUGUACCUUGCUGCUGCUGAAUCCCGACUUCACCACUGCUUGGAACGUGAGGAAAGAAUUAAUACUGUCUGGCACUUUAAAUCCACUUAAAGAUUUGCAUCUUGGAAAACUGGCGUUAACCAAGUUUCCAAAGAGUCCAGAAACAUGGAUUCAUAGACGAUGGGUGCUGCAACAACUAAUUCAGGAAAACUCCUUGCCCAGUCUUGUGACUAAAGGAAACUUGGGAGCAGCACCUCUGGAGAGAAUUCACCAACUAGUGCAGGAGGAAAUGAAUGUCUGCUCUGAAGCUGCUGGAAGAUAUCCAAGCAACUACAAUGCCUGGUCCCACCGCAUCUGGGUUUUACAGCGUUUGGGAAAGCUGACUGUCAAGGUUCUCCUUGAUGAACUUGCAUCCACUAAAUAUUGGGUAUCCAUGCAUGUCUCAGACCAUAGUGGAUUUCAUUACCGCCAGUUCUUGCUCAAGUCCUUGAUAGGCAGAACUGUGACUGACAAUAAUGUACUGGUACAAAAUCAAAUGGUAAAUGAGCAAAACCCUAGCCUUCAAAUGGAGAAGGAGAGUGCAGGGGCAGAAGCUGCCUGUGCAGAGGAUCAGAGCCUGGAUCUCCCCCACCGUUUAGAGGAAGAGUUGGAGCUCUGUACCGAACUGAUUGAUACUUACCCAGGGCAUGAAACCUUGUGGUGUCAUAGGAGGUGUGUGUUCUACCUUCAGUACCACCUAAGCCACAAACUUCCUCUUCUGAGUACAGUGGUAUCAUCUGUGGACAGCAGCGAUGAAACUCUGAGUAAUUCCCACCACAGUCCUGCGACAAGUCACAUGGCACAAGCUAUGGAUGUUGAUGGUUUGAAUGAAUCUGGCAGCAAACAAGGUUAUAACCAAGAAACAAAACGCCUGAAGCGUGCUCCUAUGCAGGACUCUCUUGGUCCAGAAAUGGAAUACCUGUUCAUUGAUAAAGUAUUAUCAACUUGCAGGGAUGCCGACCAAACCAGGUUUGCUACUGCUUAUAGGAAAUGGGCUUCACAUCUUCCACUGUUGUCCAGUUCCAAUAAAUACAAAUGUUCCCCAGCUACUGAUAAGAAUAAGAAGACCUCCAGAAUUCUUCUGCUGGAUGCCUUCUCAGUGGUGGCAUUGUCUGUUUUUUCAGCAGUAUGA